CUACUAGUCAAUUCAUGCCAGUGAGUGGCUACAUACAACAAAGCAGUUGGCAGAGCUUUCAAGCAAGACUAUUUCAGCUGAGGCAUUUUACAAUUAGACAUUUCCAAUCUGGACUGCGUGAUAGAUACCUAAUUCCUUUUAAAUUGGGCUGAGCCAAUGUGAUCAUUAUCGGUGUUUGGGUGUAGUGAAAUCUAUUUCCGAAAAUCUGCAGAGGUCCAAAUGGAUUCUUGGGGCACUCUGGAUUUGUCUAACGCCAUUAUUGGAGCGAGAGAUGAAGCUGGAGGAAGAAAAAAAGAUAAGAAAUUGACCAUAGAAAAACUCCCCGACAAAGUGCUCCUCCACAUCUUCAGCUAUCUCUCCCACAAAGAAAUCUGCCAGAUGGCCAGAAUCUGCAAGAAAUGGAGACAGAUCGCUUACAACUCAAAGCUAUGGAAGAACGUAUCCCUUCGACCAGAAAUCUCAGGCCUCCACGUCAACUCCCUGGAAACCCUCCUCCAGCUCAUAACGGUGAGAUUCGGCCCUUCUUUGAGGUACAUAGAGCUGCCCAUCGAGCUGAUAACCCACACAGUGCUCCACGAAUUGGCCAACAAAUGCCCAAACUUGACCCACAUGUUGCUGGACUUUUCUACAGCUAUGCAGCUCCACGAUUUCAGCGAAUUGCAGGCUUUCCCCACCAAGCUGAAGUACAUGUGUAUCUGCCUGUCUGAGGUCAUCUUCAUGGAGGGUUUUAUGAGGAAGAUCUACAACUUUAUCAACGGAUUGGAGAUACUGCAUCUUCUGGGUACGUAUGAGAAGAUAGAGGAGGAAGAAGAAGAGAUUUAUGAGGUUAUAAACGUGCACAAGCUCAAAUCUGCCACACCAAACUUGAGGGUCAUCAAUUUGUAUGGUAUUAACUUUGUUGACGACAGUCACAUAGAUGCCUUUAGCUCUAACUGCAUACAGUUGGAGUGCCUUGCAGUCAACUACUGCUCCAAAGUAACUGGUUCAACCCUCAAAACCCUAUUCCAGAGAAGCAGAAGACUGAAAUGUUUGCUGAUGAACGGUACAAGUUUAAAAAGUGAUUUUCUGAUGCAAGUCGACUGGGAAAAAUGCUCGCUUUUAGAGCUGGACAUCACAGCAACUGACCUAUCCACAGAAUGCCUGCAAGACAUGCUCACAAGAUUGCCUGGUUUGAGGUUUUUGAGUGCAGGUCAACUUAAUGGUCUCAAUGAUUCGGUGUUGAAGACUUGGAUGGAGCAAGGGAACCCAAGGAAUCUGGUGGCUCUGGAUUUGGACAGUUCGGACAAUCUUAGUGAGGAUGCCAUCUAUAAAUUUCUCUGCAAGCAUGGUAACCAACUUUGGGGUUUGGGACUUUCUGGGAUGACCCAUAUCACUGACAGUUUGUGGCAGACUGUUCUUCCAAUUCUUACUAAUGCCAAAAUUCUCAUAUUGGGAACUCAGGAAAGAUUGGGAGUUAACAUUCUUGUGGACCAAUUGAUGGACAGUAUAGCUCGACAUUGCACAAAUGCCGAACGCCUAGAACUGAGAUGGGAUCCAGAAAAUCUACGUUUUUCUGAUAAAAGUCAAAAGGCAAUAGAUAUCAUCAGAGUUAAAUGUCUAAAACUGAAAUGCUUAUCUCUCAGUGAUGGUAGAUACUAUGAAAUUGUCAAGGCAAAUUUCGAAAGAGCAGACAGAAUGACUGUAGUAAGAACAUUAACAAAUUGCAGAGUAUCCAACUAUUAUUUACUCCUCAACUACAAAGACCUCAUCUUCAAUUGAAAAUAAUAUCAAGUUUUUACCAAUUAUCGACCAAACAAAAUAAAAAUAUUUCCACACCAAAAAAUCUUCAAUGUUGAAUUACAAUUCCUCUUUUAUACGAAGAAUAAAACAAGAUCAAAAACUUAAAAUAUUCCUUUUAUUUUUUUCACUAUUUAAUAAUAUAAGAACAAUAUUAAUAGUGCGAUGUGAUUUCCGAAAGUCAAAGUAGGCAUAUAAAAAUAACAAUGAAUUUUAUCGAAUUCAAUGUGGGAGAAUCCGUCCAACAUCAGCCAACAAGAUCUCUCGCUAUAAUUACAAUAUCAGUCCAGAGAGCACACAAAAAUUGUGCUGCCUAAAUUUCCAUUAAAAUUCAAAGGGUCUUUCAAUUUACUUUAUGAUAAUUUCACUUCAAGUCAAACGAUUGUGUCAUUCAAGUUAUUCAUCGAAAUAGUUGGAUGUUAACAUCGGUUUCAUACAAUAGAAUUCAACGAAUUGUUAAUUUUUAUUCGUUUAUUGUCAGAUCCUGCAUUUAUCCCUACUAAUUACAUAUUUCUAUAAAGUUUAGAAAUCUUGUAAACUGAUGUGUUAAAAUUCAAUAUUUCUUUUUUAAAAGUGGACUUUGAAACUUUAGAUAUUUACAAAUAAUACACAAUUCCAUUCAAGCCUAAUUAUUUACACUAAGUACAUACCUAAUAGAUUGGAAAUUCAUAGCAGGCUAAUUGUCCAAUUCCCAAUUUUUUUCAUUAUUCGUCUAAGAGAACAAACUGUUGGAGAAU